AUAUAACUAACAUCAACCAUGUUAGCCGAGGUAAACGUUAAUAACUUUGCCGUCCGCGCCAUCGUAUGCCUGGCGUUACUGAUUGGUUGCAUUUGGCAUAUCGUCGAUAUCAGUGUCAUAUACUUUCGUUACGAAACUACAGUAUCUACAGUACUUGAUAUAGCACAAGUGGUGGAACUACCGGCGAUCACUAUAUGCACUAAUGUUAGCUACGUGGUUGACGCCGACUAUUUACGGUACCGGUACCCAAACGACACGGCACUGGCAAACAUAACCGACACCAAUGAAAACAAAUGGCAAUACAAUCAAUACCUCUAUAACCUAACACUAGAGGAGCAGCUGUUGAACGGCACGAUCGGCGCCAACCGGUUUUUUAACAUAUGCGGAGUGCGGGCACCCCUAGCCUUGUCUAAUGUAUCAGACCGACUGUAUAACCACGUUCAUUGCACUUUAGUAUCGCCGAUAGUCGAGUCAAUUAACAAUUAUUACAAGUGUUUCACCUUGUUCAAUCAAAACGCCAGCCAAUUAGCGGAUAGCGAUCGGUACCGCGUGGACCACGAUGCGGAAUUUCGCGAAAACAAGUUUAGCCUGUUUUGGUUCGUACUGAACACCCGGUACUUACGCGAGCCAAGUAUUUAUAUGCACGACAGGCGGGAGCCGUUUGUGGGCCGAGUCGAGGGCCAGUCGACCGCCAUAAGUCUGGAUCACCGACAUUAUGGUGCAAUCGGUAUAACGUACAAAGAGAUCGAUAUUAACCGAUUGCCCCCACCAUACCGGACCAGUUGCGCCGACUACACAUCAAUCGGUUUGCCAUUAAAUCGCACCAUGGACAAACAAAUAGCCAACCACUGUGCCCAACGGAUCGGCCGUAGGCCCGACUGUCACGCCGUUUACUACACAAUGAAUACAUUUGAUAGCUAUCAGAGAGCUGUAGCUAACGGUAGUACGUUUUUUAUACAUUAUCUCGUACCCACCGACCCAAUCACCCGUUACGUACACUCACCCCGUAUGGAGUUAUCAGAGUAUAUGGGCAUUAUUGGCGGUGUGUCGGGCCUAUGGUUUGGUCUAAACAUACUGGCCUUCUAUGAUAUUGGCAAGUUUGUGGUAAAAAAGGCACGUGCACUUUUUAAGUAA